GCAAGACAUCCUAACCUCACCGAACCUACAUGAAUUGCACAAAUACGGAUGAGAAGCUAAGCUGUUUUCGAAAAAUAGUUCGUCUUCCGUCGGCACUGUGAACUGCUGUGAACGAGACCGAUCGCUACCAAGCGAACUCGAGAUCGCCGGUGGACAGCGAUGGGUGUGCCGAGCGGCAGAAAUAUCGAGGCAAUGGACGUGGACGUGAAUCCGGCAGGAGCGCCGGACGGCGACGGCGACAACGCGGGUGAGCGUAGGGACACCGAUAUGCAAACCUUGUGCGACAUCCGCGAGCAUACGCGACAGAUUGAGAAGGCGGUGCAAAACAAGGAGCCGCGCUUCGUGCUUCGUGCCCUGCGCGCCCUACCCAAUACCCGUCGUCGUCUCAAUCCGGUUGUGCUGCGCGGCCUCGUCACCGGGUUCUAUACCAAAUCCGUCGCUGAACGCGACGCCCUGCUCGCCUGGGUGGAGGAGCCGAUGGAUGUGGACGAUUGUCAGGCGAUCACCCAGAAAUUUCGCAGUGCCUCAUCGUCGCUGCUGCCCGAGAUCGAUGGUUACAUUCACCUACUGGUAUUGAUCCGAUUGAUCGACACUGGCAAGUAUAAUGAAGCGGUUCAAUGCUCGGAGCAGUUGGUUCAAAAGAUUGCCGCGCAGAACCGCAGGACCAUAGAUCUCAUCGCUGCCAAGUGCUACUUCUAUCACUCGCGUGCAUACGAGCUGACAGAUCAGCUGGACAAGAUUAGAGGUUUCUUACACCUCCGUCUGCGUACUGCGACUCUACGCAAUGAUUUCGAAGGCCAGGCUGUGCUGAUCAAUUGUCUGCUGCGCAAUUAUCUGCAUUACAAUCUCUAUGACCAAGCAGACAAGCUAGUACUUAAGUCAACCUUCCCUGAGUCGGCUAGCAACAACGAGUGGGCGCGCUUUCUCUACUAUCUCGGCAGGAUAAAGGCCGCCAGACUUGAAUACUCAGCUGCACACAAGUAUCUGGUACAGGCGAUGCGUAAGGCCCCUCAGACCACGGCGGUUGGAUUCAGACAGACGGUGCAGAAGUUAGCGGUCGCCGUGGAGCUUCUGCUCGGUGACAUCCCAGAGAGACAGAUAUUUCGGCAGGCUGCCCUGCGCAGGGCCCUUGCCCCAUAUUUUCAGCUGACACAAGCGGUACGUCUUGGUAACUUGCAGCGUUUUGGCGAGGUCCUGGAGAAUUUUGGCCCGCAGUUUCGCGCAGAUCACACGUUCACACUGAUCCUGCGAUUGCGGCACAACGUCAUCAAGACGGCGAUCCGCUCCAUCGGACUCUCUUAUUCGCGCAUCUCGCCGACCGACAUCGCUAGAAAGUUGGGACUUGACUCUAGCGUGGACGCGGAGUUCAUCGUAGCAAAGGCGAUUCGCGAUGGGGUGAUCGAGGCCACUUUGGACCCGGAGAACGGUUACAUGCGCAGCAAGGAGACCACGGAUAUCUACUGCACCAAGGAACCGCUGCUGGCCUUCCAUCAGAGAAUCACUUUCUGCCUGGACCUGCACAAUCAGAGUGUCAAGGCGAUGCGUUAUCCACCUAAGUCCUAUGGAAAAGACUUGGAGUCCGCAGAGGAGCGCAGAGAGAGGGAACAACAGGAUUUGGAACUGGCUAAAGAAAUGGCUGAGGAGGACGACGAUGGUUUUCCUUGAAUCCAUGACGUCUGCGGAUUUUAAAUGAAGUUAGAACACGUGACAUUUUGUUGAGAUUGAUGUGCGUUUUUUUAAUAUUAAAUGAAUCUGUAAACACAUCUAUACAAUGAAGACUAAUAGAACGAUUAAGAUGUUGCCGUGACGUUUACAAAAUGCACCCUUGCAUUUGUAUGCGUUAAUAAUGACUUAAAAAAUAAAUAAUACAAAUUAAGUUAUAAGUACAUAUAAUAUGAAAUAAAAAGUUAUAUUGCAGUCGAUUUAAUAAAGUAACAUUUUGAUAUUA